CGGCCGUUCGGCGCGGGGCGGCGGGGCGAGGGCGGCGCAAGAUGGCGGAGGGAGACAAUAAGAGCAGCAAUCAGCUGGCUGCAGAAACUGCUAGCUUGGAAGAGCAAUUGCAAGGAUGGGGAGAAGUAAUUUUGAUGACUGAUAAAAUUCUUCGUUGGGAGAGAGCAUGGUUUCCUCUUGCACUGAUGAGCGUUGUUUCCUUUUCUUUCCUGAUGAUCUACUACUUGGAUCCAUCUGUUCUUUCAGGCGUUUCCUGUUUUGUUAUGUUCCUUUGUUUGGCUGAUUACCUUGUUCCUGCUCUCGCACCUAGAAUCUUUGGCUCUAAUAAGUGGACUACUGAGCAGCAGCAAAGAUUUCAUGAAAUUUGCAGUAAUUUGGUAAAAACUCGUCGCAGAAUUGUUGGCUGGUGGAGACGUCUCUUCACACUGAAGGAAGAGAAGCCUAAAAUGUACUUCAUGACCAUGCUUUGUUCUCUUGCUGUGGUUGCCUGGAUAGGACAACAAGUUCACAAUCUCUUUCUCACGUAUCUUAUUGUAAGUUUCUUGCUGCUGUUUCCUGGAUUAAACCAGCAUGGGAUCAUUACAAAGUACAUUGGAAUGGCAAAAAGGGAGAUAAACAAACUUCUCAAGCACAAGGAAAAGAAAAAUGAAUGAAGACUUAACUGCUGUUCACUCUUGUAAAAGGUUUCUUUGGGAACAGUAUUGAGAAUUAAUGUAUGAUUAAGAUAAUAGAAAGAAGUUGUCUUGCUCACUGGCUUACUUUUUUUAUUGGCUCCCUGAUUAGUGAAAAUGUCACUGUAGCAACUGCUGUGGAUUUGUGUGUGUCUUGCUCUGUUACUGGUGGUUCUGCAGCUGAUGUUAUAUGAAAGAUUCUGAGUUUUGACCUGUGGAGCUUAUUCAGUAUCUUCACCAAAUUAAGAGGGCCCCAUAAAUAAAUACCCCAACUCAAAAACAACAGUGUUGUAAUGCAUGACUGCAAUCCAGUAAUUAUGUUAGCUUCACCAGUCAUUAAUCAAAUAGUGAUCUGUGGCUACUGCAAGUAUGGAAGUUUCUAAAGCUCUCACUUUUUGGAGACUUGAUACUACUGAUUUUUGUGGGAAGAAGAUAAUUACCUGAAUAAGAAUGAAGAAUAAUUAUAGCUGAGGGUGCAUACCCAGAGCUGGGGGCGGGAGGUGAUCCUAUUGCCUUGUUGAACUUCUGUUUGCUUAUUUGGCUGCAUAGAUCAGAUUGUCUGCCAAAUAGGGUUCUGGAAUACCUACGUUUUUAGUUCAGUUAUUUAGCUGUAGCAUAAAUUUCAAUUUAUUGCACUGAAACUGUAGAAACUGAGUUAAGGUGUGUGUUACCUUAACAGUUGAUUGUUCUAAACUGCUGUUGUCCUGGAGCCGUGUAAUGCAUUUGGUUUUAUGAAUGUUGUCUGUAUACGAAAUCACCUUGAAUAGGCUAGGUUUGUCUCUUGUAAAUAAGCCUGUCUGAAUUGUUUGUGCUUUUCUACGAUCUCUCCUUUCUGUUUUUAAAAAACUGAAGUUUUUUUCUUUAAAAAGCUAAAACCUGUGUUAAUGCAUUUUAAAAGUGUACUGUUUUAAAAUGAACUAGUAUCUGUUGUAAUUGUUGAAUAGAUAAAUAUAGACUUAAGAGAAACUUCUUUUUUAGAGUUGUUCUUUGAACAUAAAGUUGUGCAAAUGUCUGUUAAUCAAGAACUGGACCUGGAUGUGUGUCUGAGUCUCAUAUAAUAAUCCUACACAUUGCUAGAUCAGUUUACAAUGUCUUAACAGAAAAGCAUCUUCUGUUUGAAAUAGCCCAUAGCAAAUAGUAAAACUUCUACCUGGUAAGUAAUGAUGGCUUCUGCUGUAGAGGGGAAGAGCUGUAAUAACAUCAUCCAUAAUUAAUUAAAACUGCUGAAGUAGACUGCAGUUACAUGGAAGGAUUUGUGGGAAAGACAAAUUGUAUCCAAUAAGGCAAAUUGGUAAUAGAUCUGAAAUGCAGGGAGAUGCUAUAAUGCAAUAUUGAAAACGUUAUUUUGAAAAUGCUCUAUUUUUCCAACAACAGUUUGUGUAAUACUGCAUAUAGAAGGCAAACUGUGACAUUCAGCAGUGCUGACAUUCAACUGCACCUGCAGAUCAAUAAGAAAGCAAUUUUUUUCUAUUACAAUACUCUAAGAGCCACAUUCUCAUUGGAAGUUGAAAUUCUGUAGAAACACAGUCAGUUGUCUUGGUGUGGCUUUCUGUCAACCUCAUAGAUCUUCAGUUCUUCAUGUGAAUCCUCAUAGUAUGGAGUACUAGUAGACUGUUCUGUGUAUUUGUGGCCCAAUUAGAACUUACAUACAAAUCAAAUAUAAGGAAUUCCUACACUGUUUUUUUUUUUAAAAAAAAAAAUAUAUAUAUAUAUAUUAUGUAUAUGUAUAUAUACACAUAUACACACAUCUCAAACCACUGACAACUUCAGUUCUGCUCCUUCAAAUGACCUCGAAGGAGCGAUUAAUUUGGGAACUCUUUUUUUACAGUGUAUGCUGAUGCUCGUUUUGGCUGCCAGCUGUAGGUGACUUAAACUGUAUGAACACUUUCAAGACUGUAAGGUAACUUUUGUUUCCCAGCAACUAUAGUUAAUGCUUUCACCAUAUACAUUAGUAUGGCUGUUAGCAGUUUGCAGUGAGCUAAAUAGAACAGAGGAAAACGUCAUCUGGUAUAACAAUAAGAGAAUUAUGGGAGAAGUAGGACCUUUUAAAACACUUUCAAGAUCAACUGUAGUUACCCACUAGGUAUUUGCUAGAGACCAUGAGUUUGCAUUGUGACUGUAAGACUUAAAAGGCAAAUCAUGCCACAUGGAUGCAGAAAUGUUUUUAUUUUGUGGAUUCUGUAUUUUGCAGUAAUAGUGUCAUGUCAGUCACUAAGGUAUCUGUUAGCCUAUUAAGUUUUGAUUAAAAUGUGCUUUUUGUAUUUAA